UUCAUUAGUUCCUGAAGAGAAACGAGACGUUAACAUGCCUGAGCCAGCAAAGUCAGCGCCUAAGAAGGGCUCCAAGAAAGCUGUCUCCAAGACUGCUGCGAAGGGAGGCAAGAAGCGCAGAAAGUCCAGGAAGGAGAGCUAUGCCAUCUACGUGUACAAAGUGCUGAAACAGGUCCACCCCGAUACCGGCAUCUCGUCCAAGGCUAUGGGAAUCAUGAAUUCCUUUGUCAACGACAUUUUCGAACGUAUCGCCGGAGAGUCUUCUCGCUUGGCUCACUACAACAAGCGUUCGACCAUCACCUCCAGGGAGAUCCAGACCGCCGUCCGCCUGCUGCUCCCAGGUGAACUGGCUAAGCACGCCGUGUCCGAGGGCACCAAGGCGGUGACCAAGUACACCAGCUCCAAGUAAACGGGUGCCAUUUGACUGCCCUGUGAUACCCCAAAGGCUCUUUUAAGAGCCACCCACACUACCUUGAAAAUGUGCCAAAUUCCAUUUGCGCCUGUCACGGUUAUGAUUCUAACAGACUACAGGCGACUUGCGAUGGUACGGGUACUUUACUAACGUUAUGAACGUUGUCAUGCGACCUGGGAAUAGUCAUUACUUUCCUAGCUCCUGGUCAGCACAAAUGCAUUGCGUUUUGCUGUUUUUACUAUAACAUUGUUGCAACAGUAUUGCAAGAAAUGUUCCAAGACUAUAGUGUGUCAUUGGGCAAAGCACUUAACCCUGCUUCCCUUGGGGAGAAUGUACAUGUACUUACUGUAAGUUGCUCUGGAUAAGAGCGUCUGCUAAAAUGACUAAAUGUAAAUAAAGGGUUUAACAUUGAAUGAAUGAAUGCACAUUCAUGUUUUGUUGCAACCCAGUACUCCGAAUUAAGUUCUAUUUUGCAGGAAUGUGACCUGAAUAAUUUAUUUAAAAAUACAAUAUGGUUAUACUGUCCCACCUGACUUUCUGAGGGAGUACGAGUAUUGUA